CUUCACUUGGUCGUAGAACAAUAUUUUACGACAAAUUAAUAUACUCAUGCUCUGAUAUGAGCAUUGUAUAUAGUAGCUAUGACGGAAAUGAGUGAGUAUAAAAUUCGAGUAACCACCGUUGAUCAGAAAGUGGGAAUAUUCCAGGUUGCGCGAGACAAAACAGUUUUGGAUUUAAAGAACAUCAUUGCUCCUACCUUCGAAGCACCGGUAGAUCGUCUCAAGUUGAUUUAUGCUGGAAGAGUUUUACGAGACGAAACAACUCUGUCUAGUAUUUUGAAUGAUGUUACCGAUCUGGUAACCUUUCAUUUGGUUAUAAGCAUAAUCAGCAGUUUGCCAUUGCCAACAAGUGCUUCUACUGAACAGAGAGUUUCACAAUUGGCCCCUUCAUUCCCUAGAGUACAAGAUGCCUCACCUUCUUCAUCUUCUUCUCUUUCUGCUCAGCCAUCACGAACGAUCACCAGUUUAAAUCCAGAAGAACUCUCUCGGCGUGAGCAAGCUCAACAUUUAUUUUCGAACUAUCAACGUGUCGAAAGAACUCCUGGUUUACGUGGAAUGUUGCCAAAUAUGAUUCAGCGUAUUCAAAGCAGUAGACUAGCAAGUGCUGUUCCACCAACCUCACAACCAAACAAUGCAUCUUCUAAUGAACCUUCAACGAGUCCUUUUAUUCAGUCUCCAAACUUCCAGCGACAAAUCCCCGUCCCCAAUCCCACUACCACGACUACAACUUCAAUAACUUCUGUUCACCACCGUAAUGUCACUAUGAUUGCUUCAUCGAGUGUGCAGGGUACAAAUGACAUAUUACAUACAAAUCCUCUUCCGAAUGGUGCACGUACCUUCCCGUUUAGUCAGAAUGCUGAAGGAAAUUUUCCGCCAAUACCCGCGAACUAUGCUUCUCCAUCUCCACAAAGCAAUGGACAAGGACUACCAAACAUUGACAAUAUUCAACGUAUUCAUGAUCUCCAUACACCUUCGUUUAUAGGUAACUCUUCUUCUCCAAGCGUUGCAAAUAUUCCCAGCAGGUUUCACAAUGGAAUACCCGGACAUGUUUCAGUAGAUUCAAAUCCACAUGGCGAUUCCCCAAAUCUUCCAUACAUGAAUGGUAAUUUCCCCAUUACCAAUGGUUUUACAACUGUUGCUCCCCAAUUGUUUCCGGUACAGUAUCAAACUGUAUUAUAUAAUGGAUCGUACUACUUACAAGAGAUUCCCUCUACCCAUGCAUCUCACUUGUCAUUUCAUCCUAUGAGGUCCGGACUUCCCCCUGUGCUUUCUCCUUAUGGAAUUAUUCAAAAUCAACAAACAGGAGAAUGCGCAUACUUAUUGUCACCAACUCCCAGUCAUUCUUCUUUACAAGUACAACCAAUGACUUUGCAAAAUCUUAGACGCCUUCAAUCAUUCUCAUCUAGCGUAUUAUCUCCUUUUACCCAUACCUUUGAAAAUAUAAGAAGACAUUUCCGUUUAUUUAUUCGUCUGGCGUUAUUCUGUGCCUGGGCUACUUAUAAUGACUCUUUACCCCAAACUAUGUUAUUAACGUCCAUUAUGGCAUUUGUUUUUCUUUUACAGACUGGCGCACUUAGCCCAAUCAUAAAUGACAAUCCGACAGUUCAAGCAGUCUUGGAGUAUGUUCGGAAUGUUCAGAAUGAAUAUCGCCAACGUCGUAAUAGAAGCAACCCUGAAGUUGUUGAAGUUGUGAAUGACUCAGCUGAAAAUGAAGACGCAAAUUCAGAGUCACAGCGAAGAAGGACAGAUGAAGAAUCCACUGGACUUCAAAGGAUUCUUAGAUCAGUAAGGGGUACUUUGAUUGCUUUUGCUUCAAGUUUUGUCCCAAGAAGCUAGUUGGAUAUGUCAAACAACAUGUAGUACAAUAAUGAUAAAUUAUAGAUCGACUUCAUCAACCUUUAGUACACUUAUAACCUAAAUAAAUUAAACUAUAAACCGCU